AUGACUGCACAACAGAUCCCCGAUGUACAGGAGGCGUGCUAUUUGAGGAGCAGGUUGCCUUGCGCAUUAUGGUUUUACUCGCCCAAAAGGGAUGAUGUUGUGGAAGCUCAAAACGAUCGGGGAGCUGGGACAAAGAAUGAAUCCCAGCAACUGCGCCAUGCAUUUGUUGCACCUGUCUUGUCGAACAUGCUCUACAAGUUUCUAGAAGAGGAACAAAACGCACUUGUGAGUAAGCAUCACUUAUGCUCCCGUGUCAGAGAGGAAGCCUCUGCCACAGCACGAAGGAUCAUGCUCAGCAACUUCACGGAACGCGAACGCUAA